GCGCGGCUUUCUUCAGGGCCUCGGCCCUCCUUGUCGCCCCCUCAGAUAAUCAUUUAAGAUCUUGGCAAGUCAUCAAGUGGAGGAUAGCAGAUCCAGUGCAGUAUGUCUUUCAAUAAAGCGCCUCGAGCAUUGCCGCCACCUGUGCCAACACCUGAAAAUCAAAAAUGGAAGUUCCUGACUUCCACAAAGGAAAAGACGGAACUCCCAGAGCUAAGAGAGAAAUCAAGUGCAUUGGACCGUUCGAAGCCUCUUCCUACAACUCUCCAGCAUGAUUUUAUCCCAGAGGAGAUUCUUAUAUCUCUGACAUCCACAGCCAAUGCUGCUACUUGUCCUGAAUCUUUACGCCCCCCCAAAAAAGUAAAAAGUAUCAAAGAACUAAAGGAUGGUCUGCGCACCGCAAACCCAAUCUGGCACCAUCCUACUCGCCGGGACAAAUUCAGAUUCUUGACGGACCAUCCAAUUUCCCUGAGAGGGGCUGGAAGGGACGUUUCCUUUCUCUACGAUGUUAAAAAUAAAAAGUUGGAGAAUUUGGAGUUAGCAGAACGGCCCUCAUCGGCGAGCGUGUCAGAAUCUCAUAAAGCAAAGAAAUUAAUAGAUACUCUGAUUCCGGAAGAAUUUCAUAUUGUGUCAAACACGGGUGUCACCGGCUUGCAAUAUUAUGAUGAUAAAUACACAACUCUUCUGGAAGACAGUGAAAACCGACUCUUGCUCUUUCCAUCCAUGAAACCAAAUAAAAGAAUAGAAGUCAUCCAGCUGAAAGAUGUGAUGGAUACCUUGCUUCAGAAGGCAGGUGUGGAUGGGCAGAAAUCAGUGGGACCAACCAAGCUGCAUGAUGCACUUCAGAUAUUAAAGACAGAACAGAACAUUUACAAUACAGUGUUUCAUGAACUAAUUCGCCAGAUCACUGUGGAGUGUGCAGAUCGAGGAGCGCUAUUAUCCAACUUAAGACAGAGGUAUGUGCAACUUAUUGAACGUGUAUCUCAUCAGAUGGUUGACAUGUACAAAGACAUGAUGGUUCAAGGAGUGAUGGACAGACAUAUUGUAGAAGAACUAUACAAUUUUAAGAAUGCUAUUGAAGCACUCACAAGGGAGCUGCACCUUGUUCGAGAGCACGAUGCAAAGGUGACAAAAGAUGCCGAGCUGGCCCACAGGGAGUUGGCCCAGGCCCUUGUUGACUCAGAGAAGAAUGCCGAUCUUGUGGAGGACUAUCGUGGGUUAUAUGAGUUGCAAAGACGAAGGAUGGAGGCUGUUAUUAGCCAGUUAACAUUAGAGAGAAGCAUCUGGAGCUCAACUACCUACGAUUUGGCACUAAAGGUGAUUGAAAGAAAUAAACUAAUGAUGGCCAAAAGGCUUUUUCUCAGCGAAAAGGCUUGGACAGAACAUGUCGAAUACUUCAUCGUAAUGCUGGCAUCCAAGGACGCAUCUGACCUAGAAGAAUUGCAGCAGUUAACCAUGAAUUGGAGAAAAACUUUGGGCCACUUCAGACUAGCGGUGGAAGAAAAUGAAGAGCGCACCAGAGAGAAGCUGAGGCUUAUUAAGACUGGUCUUUCCAAGUGGCUGCAGUACUUCCAGGAAAAUAGUGUGAAGGAACAGUUAAUUUCUCUCAAGGAAAAUAUUUCGAAUAAUAUCCUAGAGGACUUCAAGACCUGGGAAAAUAUGCUGAGUGAGGAUACACAACAGUUUGGAGGAGAUCAACUAUUAGAGAAGUUAGAGACCCUUAAGGUUGCUAAUAAUUUGCAGAAAAAGUGGACGGAUGUGGGGCUAUCUAUGCUCCUCCGGCAUAAGAGUCUUGAUGGGGAGAUGCCACCAGAGCUGCAACUCAUGGAGGAUAUAAACCUCAAUACUACUAAACUUUGUGAAGAAUAUGAUUUAAGAGUAUCUGGGGAGAAUGGGCUGGCCAAGAUUUUUCCAAGUUUAAACAAUUGUUUAGAAACCUGGGUGUUGAAGAUGGAAGCCGGCCAACAACGGACUAGAAUGUCUCAUGCUGAUUGGGUAUCCCUGUAUCAAAAUCUUCCUGAAAUGUUGUCACAGCUGAAUGAGCUGCUAGUGACUGUGGGCAGUGCCCAGAAAUUUGCAGAUCGAAACAAGGAAGUUCCUCAUGUCCCAGUGGUCCAAGCUAAUGUGUUUAACAUGAUUCAACAGUGGAUUUUAACUAUGACUAGUGGGACUGAAAAAGACAACAUUGAACUUCAUCAGCAAGUUACAGAACUGCAUACAACCAUGGUCCACUGGAUGGUGAAUCUGCUUAUCAUAAUAGUACCCAACCACAUUGAAAAGGACUCUCUCCCCAAAACUGAAUUAGAUAUCUCAGAGGAGAAAGAGUCUUACGAUGUAGGCAUCUCAAAACUGGAGCUGGAGGCCAUUGAUCUGGCUAAAAGCCUGAGCAAAUUCUCCAACUACAUGAUGAGCUGCUGCAAUGAUAUGGUGACAACACUCACUCUGAAGGAAAUAGCCUUGACAGAUUCUGAUUAUUAUCUGAAGGAGCUGAAGAAAAUUAAGGUAGAGUGUUUGAAUUGGAUUAACACCUGCAAUCUCCUCCUUUCUGAGAUCAAAGGCAGGGGAGUGACUUUAUUAUCACCAGAAGAGCUGGAAAAUCUUCUUGGACAAGAGCUCUCUCCAGAAGAGACCCAAUGCCAAAAUGAAUCUACUGAUGCUAGUGAGGAAUUCUCUUAUGAUUUAGUAGACAUCAGAGGACAGAGUUUCAUGGAUAAGAAGUCUGAAGGUGAAGGGGAGUCAGUGGCAGAGGACACUUCACCCCCUGACUCCAGAAGAGAAAGUAGGAAAAUGACCAAAGAAGAGUUUAUUAGAUAUGUAGGGCCAGAUCUAAAUGUCCACUCAAAGCCUCUGAUGGGAGAGCAAGUGCCAGUUACAGGGAAAGGAAUGGUUGCUAGCAUUGCAUCCACCCGCCAGGACAAAAAUAAAUUUGAUGUACUGACAGUUAUUGAACAUCUUCAAAUGAAGCUCUUGGAAUCUGAAACCCGAGCUCAAGUUGCAGAGGAGGCAUUAGAAAGUCUGAAUGAGCAGCUGAAUGAUGUUCUCAUAUUAAAUAAAGACCUGCAGAUGCAGCUGGAGGAAAGACAUGAUGUCCAGGAAGAAGAAGAAGGAGAAGAAGAAGAACAACAAAAACAAGAAGAACCAACUUCAUCAACAGCAAAGACAAGUAAAACUCAAAAAGGAGAGAGUGUUUCACGCACAAAAUCCAAAACCCACGCUCCCCGGACUAAAGCAAGCAACAAAAGUCUCAAAUUUAGCAAAUCCAAACACAAAUGAUGAUCAAGUUCCAGAAAGUGCCUUUCAUUAACAUUCAGUUAUAUUCAAAUUUCUUCAGGCCGUUAAACAUUUCAAAUAUGAUAGUUCUGUCAGUGGAACUCAAAUAGUGGAUUUAAAGCUGUGUUGGAGAAUAACAACUACUGCAUCAAA